UCAUUCUCCCACAAUUCUUUGCGCAAACUGCAAUUUCGCCUUUUAGCGCAUCUGUCAUCAAGAGGCUCUUUGGAGACUAAAACACGUGGGGAGAGUCAUUCUUGGUUCGCUAACGGACUGGGGGCUACACUGAAGCACUCAAAAUGACGAGCGAGGACGUGGAGCGACUGUUGAUCCAGUUUCAGGACGAGGAUGGAGUGGUUCUGGGUUCACCCUUUGACGUCCCUCUGGAUAUCACCCCAGAAAAACUGCAGCUGGUCUGCAAUUCAUUGUUGAUGAAGGAGGAGCCAGUUCCUUUUGCUUUUUUUGCGCGUGGGGAGGCAGAGGUGGUGUCCAGUUUGGGUUCGUGUGUGAAAGCAAUCGGUGUGGAAACAGAACAGGUUCUGCCCGUGGUGUACCAACCUCAGGCUGUGUUCAGGGUCCGGGCUGUGUCCCGCUGUACCAGCACCCUGCAGGGACACACAGAGGCGGUCAUCUCCACGGCUUUCAGCCCCACCGGGAAAUACCUGGCCAGCGGUUCUGGUGACACUACAGUGCGUUUCUGGGACCUGAGCACUGAAACGCCUCACCACACUGCCAGAGGACACACUCACUGGGUGCUGAGCAUCGCCUGGUCUCCUGAUGGGAAGAAGCUGGCUUCAGGGUGUAAGAAUAGUCAGAUCUGUCUGUGGGAUCCAGUGACGGGAGCUCAGAUCGGCAAAACUCUGACAGGACACACCAAGUGGAUCACUUGGCUCUGCUGGGAGCCUCUCCAUCUCAAUCCAGAGUGUCGCUACUUAGCAAGCACCUCCAAGGACGGCUCGGUGCGCAUCUGGGACACUGCGUUGGGGCGCUGCGAUAAAAUCCUGACGGGCCACACCCAGUCCGUCACCUGCGUGAAGUGGGGGGGGGACGGACUUCUCUACACGUCCUCCCACGACAGAACAGUCAAAGUGUGGAGGGCGAAAGAUGGGGUGCAGUGCAGGACUCUCCAAGGCCACGCCCACUGGGUGAAUACACUGGCUCUCAGUACGGACUACGUCCUCCGAACUGGAGCGUUUGAACCAGCAACUGCUACCAUCAACCCUCAAGAUGUAACCGGCGCUUUGGAGGAGGUGAAGGAGAGAGCUCUGCAGAGGUACAACAAAGUCCGGGGUUCCAAUCCGGAGCGCUUGGUGUCCGGCUCGGACGACUUCACCUUGUUCCUGUGGAAUCCCGCGGCGGACAAAAAGCCUUUGGCCAGGAUGACCGGCCACAGCGCUCUGGUCAACGAGGUGCUGUUCUCCCCCGACACCAGGCUCCUGGCCUCCGCCUCCUUUGAUAAGUCCGUCAAAAUCUGGGACGGACGGACGGGAAAGUACCUGAUGUCGUUGCGUGGUCACGUGGGGUCCGUGUAUCAGGUGGCGUGGUCCGCAGACAGCCGGCUGCUGGUCAGCGGCAGCAGCGACAGCACUCUCAAAGUGUGGGACGUCAAGACCGGAAAGCUCAGCAUAGACCUCCCCGGCCACGCCGACGAAGUUUACGCGGUGGACUGGAGUCCUGAUGGCCAGAGAGUCGCAAGCGGCGGCAAAGACAAAUGUCUGAGGAUAUGGAGAAGAUAGCAGCAGCCCCUCCUCCUUUCCUGAAUUUGCUGACUCCAGUCUUCACAGAAGCCUGACAGCUGAAGCAGUCCAGCUGAUUCUCCAGUACCAUGUUUCAGCACUGAAGCUCUGAUUGGGCUUUAGAAGCUAUUCAGCUGAAGAAAAGCCCUUUUAAAUCAGGUUAGAUCCCUGCAUACGGAUGAAAUGGGCUCCUGUCUGUACCACCACAGGUUUAGUUUACUCCAUGCAACCUGUUAAAACCCAAGAAAAUGAACUGACCAAAGUGUGUUUGCUCCCUCCUCUGCUGAAGCUUUAGUUGAUGCUUUGGAGACGCUCUGGAAGGUGACAGGUGCUGUGCAGGUCGUCCUGCCUUUACUGCAGUCAGCAAAGCUGUGAUACUUCCUUCCUGUAAGGCCGGCUGUCACUGCAGUCUACAUGUAAAUGUCAAUAAAGGUGUUUUUCAUUCAU